ACUGUGUGUGUAGUCUCGCACGUACCGGUUUAAGAAUCUCUCAUUUCCCUGGAAGAAGAAGAAGAAGAGAUUCGAAAAUAAGAACAAAAAACAUUUUGAGGGUUUCACUGAAUCCUUCAAAGGUGUGACCUGAGAAUCACAACACAAAACCAAACUUUACUCUCUCGACUCGUCACCAUGUGGAGAAGAAUCGUCUCCUCUCAUCUCAAAACCCUAGCCGCCGAUGUCGUCGCUGCUUCUCCUCGUCGAUCGAUAGCCGCCACCGCUAGACCCGUCGGCUUCUACCUCACCGCCAAUCGAUCAGCCAUUUCUGCUUCUUCUUCUGUUUUCUCUCGACAUUUCAGCUCCGAAUCAGAGACUCCGGCGAAGAAGAAGGUAGAGGAUGUAAUGCCUAUUGCGACUGGACAUGAGAAGGAGGAGCUUGAAGCUGAAAUGGAGGGAAGGAGGCUGCUUGAUAUUGACUUCCCUGAAGGUCCUUUUGGCACUAAGGAAGCUCCAGCUAUUGUGAAGUCCUACUAUGACAAGCGAAUUGUGGGAUGCCCUGGUGGUGAAGGCGAGGAUGAACACGAUGUUGUGUGGUUCUGGCUGGAGAAAGGAAAGUCCUUUGAAUGCCCAGUUUGCACUCAGUACUUUGAGCUGGAAGUGGUUGGUCCGGGUGGGCCUCCGGAUGGUCACGGUGAUGAAGACGAUGAGCACCACCACUGAUUUUGGCCUCUCCUUUGCCGCGAGUUUUUCUUCUUUUUCAUAUAUUUUAAAUUUUUUAUGAUUGGAAUAAAAGAAAAAGAAAAAAGAUAUCUGCCGUUUGGUGAAACAAAGUUGAAAAUAUUUUUGAUCCUUUUUAGAACAACAAUACGCGGUAUCAGAGUUUCCCAAAAUGCCAAAACUCUUAUGACCGUUGUUUUAUGUUUGUACUCUUGAAUCAGAAUCAUUCUUGCCUUUUGCUUAUUUUAUGAUUCACCUUUUCAAAUG